GAAGAGACGACAACUCUGAGCCUUGGCUGGAUGGAUGGACCCGGAUGGAUUUCAUCCUCACGGCGCGGCAAGCUGGAUGCACCUAGCCCCGAGUGCAUCGGUGCUCCAACAGAUCUGGAAGAAGGGCAGCAGCGAGGUGGGACAGAUGAAUGCUGCUGUCCCAAUCUCUGCAUUUGGUGUUUCAUCCUGGUUCCAUCCGCGCUGUACUUUGCCUUCGUGGCCCCGUCUCUGGUGGCCAAUGGCAUCUAUUUGCUCCCAGGUGCCACGUUGGCCGUCUUUUGUACGACCACGGGCUUACUCUGUGCACUGCAGAACAACUCAGAGAAGCCUUGGGGUACGACGUCUUGGAAGGCGACGGUAUUGGUAUUUCGGCAAAGCUACGAAAAGAAGGUUACCGCCUUUGUAGAAACCUGGCAGCAGCAAGGCUUUGGCACUGCAUUUGCUCAAUCCACGCAAAGAACGCGCGAUGAAGAAUGCGCCUUGGUUGAGAAGUCUGCUGAAACUUCAUCCCUGUUGGGUGCAGCCAAGAUUGAUCAACGCAUGUCCCUCUUUUUCUACAUGCUCAUUGGUGUUGGUGCCGGGGCCUCGAUCACCGUGGAUGUGGAUGUGUUGGUGACCAGGCAAACCACCAAAGAAUUCCGUCGAGGCGCCCCCCUGUGGAGAUCUGUGGAAUCGCCCAACGGGGCUCCAACGGGGCUCCAACGGUGCCCAGGCAUCGCCAACAUCGACGAGGAGCCAACGCUCUGCGCGGCUCGUGGCCCACAGCUCUUCAACCCCUGGGCUCUGGUGGAUCCCAAAGAUCUCGUGUGCCCAAAGUUGAGAAAUUGGCCACCCGACGCCACGGCCAUUGAAAAGAACGGCGGAGAACCACCAUCGGGUCUCCGCGGAGUCUGCCAGUGUCAGAGAUGCUGUCAAAAG